AUGUCGCUCUUUAAGAAGGCGCAAUCGGCCGUCGCGCAUAAUUCGAAAAUCCCAGCGCUGGGAAAUAGCGAUCUGAAGAAGCUGCAAGAGCUGAUUCACACGGAGAAGUCGUACGUGAAUGCGAAUACGAAGGCAGCGAAUGAAAUCCAGAACGCGGCGGACUGCCUGCGUGUGUGGAGCAAUGGCGAGGGCGAUGAUCUGGAGGAUGUGCUCCCGAAGGUGGCUUUGCUAUACGAGCACCUUGCGCGUGCGCAGACACGCUACAACUACUAUGUCUCAACCAUGCGUCUGCACCUUAAGUCGAUCCGUGAGCGUGAAGAAAAGUUCAGUGAGCUGAAAGCCCGUCGCCGUACGCUCACAUCGAAGAUCGAGAACAUGGAGCGCAAGUUGGCCAAGAUGGGUCCUGAGAACAAGGAUCUCGCCAAGGUCACUAGCAGCUUGAGAGAGCUGCGCAGCGAUAUGGACGUGUUGAACAAUGAGCUGGCGCACGAGGAUGCUGCGCUGGGUGACUACAAGCGCGGUACGAUCGCUGAGGCGCUCAGUCUGAAGAGCGGAGGCCUUAUGGAGCUGGCUGAGAAGGCCAUUGUGAUUGCAGAGUCGUGUCGGCUGCUUGUGGAAGAGAUUCCUCUGGCCCCUACUGCGCCUGGUAUGGCGCGCGCGCCAUACCGUAGCGAGGCGCGUACCAACCGCCUGCUCCAAGAGGCGGUACGUCAGCUGGAGUCGAUCCACUUUGAGCCGCGUGAGUCGCAAAUGAACGUGGACCAAACGGUGGCGUCGCCUACGUCGCCGUCGGUGAGUCAGAUGCCACGAACGGACGCAGCGUGGGGCGCUGGCGCUGCAGGUAUGGGCACCAUGGGCUCGCAUGAUAUGGACGACCACAUGCAUGGCAGCCAGGGGUGGGUCGCCUCGGCGGAUCAGGGCCUCGAUACGAUGCAGGACGAUGCGCGGUAUGGUGCGCCGGUGGGUCUGCCUACGGUGCAUGAAGGUGUGGACGACCAGUACGAAGGCGAGGAGCCUUCGCGACGGUACACCUCGGAGCCGAGGGGCUCAGGCGCCGCUGGCAUGCAUGCGGUGCAGCCUGAGACCGCUUCGUUGGGCCCGUCGGAUAUGUACGACGAGAUGCCGCAACGGCAGCUGGCAGAAGCGCCAGCGCCGCCGCCCGGUAUGUAUGCGCCUGACGUGAGUCUGCACCACAUGAGCGAUGUGGUGCCGGCGUAUCCGCCCAUGCCACCCAGUGUGACGUCGGCUCCGAUGCCGCAAGUGAUGGAGACGCCGAACGAUGAGCGGCUACAGAACCGUGCGUACUUUGAGGAAGUGGGCGGCACCAAGGCACUGCAAGCGGCUGCAGCUCGCUCUGGUGGCUUCCCGGUGAUGGACAACUACUCAACACACAACAACCACACGCCCGGUAUGUUUACGAUGGACGAAGGAGGACGUAGCAUGUCGCCCUCGGCGCUGCGUCCCAUUGGCCCGGGCAUGAACAUGCCUUCGGAGCCCAUGCCCAAGCCGGCCUACACACACCCCUCCACGUCAGCGGCUGCGCAACCAGAGAUGGUAGCGUCGUCGUCGUCCGCGCCGUCCAUGCCGAUGGCCCCCUCCAUGCCAGUAGCGCCCGUGGCACCAUCGGUGCCUAAGCAGCCGCCAAUGCUGGCGGAGACAGCGCAGCCGCAACAGCCGCAGCAGCCGCAGCCGCCGCAGCCGCCGCAGCAGCCCCCCUCGUACCUCGCACAGACGGCCUAUCCGGAGACGGAGCAGGCCCAGCCACCGGCCUACUUGGCUGCGACGUCGACCGCCGCUAUGCCCAGCGCGGAGCGGGCUGCGCCGCCUGUGCAGGUAGGCGGCUACCUGCCGUACGUCAAGGAAGGCCCGUUCUAA